AGCUCGGAGCCACCUACCGAGUUGGCCCGUUUUUCCCUGGUCGAAGACUCAGAAGGCUGGGAAUCAGACUGGUCCACAGCCGGCUGGGGAAAGGGAUUCCGAAGUGCCAAAAACAGCAAAGCUCCCAAGUCGGCCCUCUGGCUCUUGGCACCCCCGCUAUUGCGAUGGGCACCCCCUCUCCUUUCGGUGCUGCACAGUGACCUCUUCCAAGCCUUGCUGGACAUCCUGGACUAUUAUGAGGCUUCCAUCUCAGAGAGUCAGAAAUACCGCUACCAAGAUGAAGACACGCCCCCUCUGGAGCACAGCCCGGCCCACCUCCCCAACCAGGUAAACGCCCCCGAGCUGGUGCACGUGGCGGAGAGGAACUUGUCCCACCUCGAGGCCGUCCAAGGGGUCGUGGGCCACGCCCACUUCUCCCCCCUCAAGGCCAAUUCUCCCCCUGUGAUUGUCAACACAGAUACCCUAGAAGCUCCGGGAUAUGAGUUGCAGGUGAACGGGACAGAGGGGGAAAUGGAAUACGAGGAGAUCACAUUGGAAAGGGGUAACUCAGGUCUGGGCUUCAGCAUCGCAGGUGGCACUGAUAACCCCCACAUCGGUGAUGACCCUUCCAUCUUCAUCACCAAGAUCAUUCCCGGUGGGGCUGCAGCCCAGGACGGCCGUCUCAGGGUCAACGAUAGCAUCUUGUUUGUCAAUGAAGUGGACGUGCGGGAGGUGACCCACUCAGCGGCGGUGGAGGCCCUCAAAGAGGCAGGCUCUAUUGUCCGCCUCUACGUCAUGCGCCGGAAGCCCCCGGCUGAGAAGCUUAUGGAGAUCAAGCUCAUCAAGGGGCCUAAAGGUCUUGGCUUCAGCAUCGCCGGAGGUGUCGGGAACCAACAUAUCCCCGGAGAUAACAGCAUCUAUGUGACCAAGAUUAUCGAAGGGGGUGCUGCCCACAAGGACGGGAGGUUACAGAUCGGAGACAAGAUCCUAGCGGUCAACAGCGUGGGGCUGGAGGACGUCAUGCAUGAGGAUGCUGUGGCAGCCCUGAAGAACACGUACGAUGUGGUCUACCUAAAGGUGGCCAAGCCCAGCAAUGCCUACCUGAGUGACAGCUACGCUCCCCCAGACAUCACAACCUCUUAUUCCCAGCACCUGGACAAUGAGAUCAGUCACAGCAGCUACCUGGGCACUGACUACCCCACCGCCAUGACCCCCACCUCCCCUCGGCGCUACUCCCCCGUGGCCAAGGACCUGCUCGGGGAGGAAGACGUCCCCCGAGAACCGAGGCGGAUUGUGAUCCACCGGGGCUCCACAGGCCUGGGCUUCAACAUUGUGGGUGGCGAGGACGGUGAAGGCAUCUUCAUCUCCUUCAUCCUGGCUGGUGGCCCUGCAGACCUCAGUGGGGAGCUGCGGAAGGGGGACCAGAUCCUCUCGGUCAAUGGCGUUGACCUCCGCAAUGCCAGCCACGAGCAGGCUGCCAUUGCCCUGAAGAAUGCGGGUCAGACAGUCACGAUCAUCGCUCAGUAUAAACCCGAAGAGUACAGCCGGUUCGAGGCCAAGAUCCACGACCUUCGGGAACAGCUCAUGAACAGCAGCCUGGGUUCAGGGACUGCCUCCUUGCGGAGCAACCCCAAAAGGGGUUUCUAUAUCAGGGCCCUGUUUGACUAUGACAAGACCAAGGACUGCGGCUUCCUGAGCCAGGCCUUGAGCUUCCGCUUCGGGGACGUGCUUCAUGUCAUUGACGCCAGCGAUGAGGAGUGGUGGCAGGCGCGGCGGGUCCACUCCGACAGCGAGACCGAUGACAUCGGCUUUAUCCCCAGCAAGCGGCGGGUUGAGCGACGGGAGUGGUCACGGUUAAAGGCCAAGGAUUGGGGCUCCAGCUCUGGAUCACAGGGUCGAGAAGACUCGGUUCUGAGCUACGAGACGGUGACACAGAUGGAAGUGCACUAUGCUCGCCCCAUCAUUAUCCUCGGGCCCACCAAGGACCGUGCCAACGAUGAUCUCCUCUCCGAGUUCCCCGACAAGUUUGGAUCCUGUGUUCCCCAUACGACGAGGCCCAAGCGGGAGUACGAGAUAGAUGGCCGGGAUUACCACUUUGUGUCGUCCCGGGAGAAAAUGGAGAAGGACAUUCAGGCCCACAAGUUUAUCGAGGCCGGCCAGUACAACAGCCACCUGUAUGGAACCAGCGUCCAGUCCGUGCGAGAGGUGGCAGAGCAGGGGAAGCACUGCAUCCUUGAUGUCUCGGCCAAUGCCGUGAGGCGGCUGCAGGCGGCCCACCUGCACCCUAUCGCCAUCUUCAUCCGCCCCCGCUCCCUGGAGAAUGUUCUAGAGAUUAAUAAGCGGAUCACAGAGGAGCAAGCCCGCAAAGCCUUCGACAGAGCCACCAAGCUGGAACAGGAAUUCACAGAGUGCUUCUCAGCCAUCGUGGAGGGCGACAGCUUUGAGGAGAUCUACCACAAGGUGAAGCGAGUCAUCGAGGACCUCUCAGGCCCCUACAUCUGGGUCCCUGCCCGAGAGAGACUCUGAUUCCUGCCCUGGCUUGGCCUGGACUCGCCCUGCCUCCACCGCCCGGGCCCUUGGUCUGGACUGAAUUGCCCAAGCCCUUCCAACCCCCAGCCUCCCUCCCACCCCUUCUUAUUUAUUUCCUUUCUAACUGGAUCCAGCCCAUUGGAGGGGGGACACUCCUCUGCAUGUAUCCCUGCACCCCAGAACUGGGCUGCGGAACCCCAGGAACCUGGGGUCUGGGGGGAGCCCCGGGCUCCUGAUCCCAAGCCCUGGCUCCUUAGGACCCCUUGCCUCUGCCCCUGCCCACCUCCAACGCACACACACACCCACUGGGGGGCCACCUGCUCUCCCCCAUCUCCUCCCACACACUUUCCAGAAGUCAGGGCCCCCCUCCAGGAGCACCCCAUUGCAGGGCUGCAGGCCUCCGCGCUCCCCCCGAGGCAGGGUCUGGGGUCACUCCUACCCCCAUCAUAACUCCCCAGGUCCCUUGAUUUCUCAUUUUAUUUUUCCAUUUUUUUCUUCUCAAAGGUGGUUUUGGGGGGAUUAGUGGGGGGAUUCCACCAAGGGCCCCCUGCCUUCCACAUGCCCCCCACCUUUUUUCUUUGCCGGUUUGCAUGAGUGGAAGGUCUAACUGUGGCUUUUUUUUUUUUUCCUGGGAUCUUUUUCUUUUUUUUUUUUUUCUUUUUUCUUUUGGGAAUGGGGAGG